AUAAAACAGAUCACAGAUCAAAAGAAAAAGAUAGAGAACAGUUUUUGCAGGGUUUCGACCCUGAAUAAACGUCCUACAGUUUCCCAGUUGCAAAAGAUAGAGAAUCAUCAUUCUGGUUUUCUCCAAUUCUUUGUGCAUGCGAGUUGUUAUGGUGAUUUGGUUAGGUAUUUGGCAAAUUUCAUAAGAAAUUUGUACAAAAGGGCCUAGCCAGACACCAAAAACGAUUUGAUAAAAAUGAGUUGCUUUCCAUGCUGCAAGACAAAUAAUAAAUCAACAACCUCUUUCAAAGGAUCCCCCAACAAAGCUUCCAAAGGAAGGAGAACAUUCAAAUCAUUAGCUGCAGCUAUGUCACUUAAAACAGGUAGCAGCAGGAACAGACAAAUAGAUGCGGAGAUAAGAAAAUAUGGAUCUGCAAAAAAUGAUAUCAAAGUAUUCACAUAUGAACAACUUGUUGAAGCCACAAACAACUUCAAUUCUGAUUGCCUGUUAGGCGAAGGUGGAUUUGGGAAUGUUUACAAAGGAUUCAUAAAAACUAUUGAUCAAACUGUAGCUGUGAAGGUACUGAACAGGGAUGGAGCCCAAGGAACACGUGAAUUUUUCGCAGAAAUACUGAUGUUAAGCAUGGUUCAACAUCCAAACCUUGUGAUGCUCAUUGGUUAUUGUGCAGAUGGUGCUCAUAGGAUUUUAGUUUAUGAAUUCAUGGCCAAUGGGUGUUUGGAAAGUCACCUUCUAGAAAUAGGUGAAGAUAAGGAGCCUUUGGAUUGGAAGACUAGAAUGAAAGUAGCCGAGGGAGCAGCUAGGGGACUUGAAUAUUUGCAUAAUGGAGCAAAUCCAGCAAUCAUAUACCGUGAUUUUAAGUCAUCUAAUAUAUUGUUAGAUGAAAAUUUCAAUCCAAAGCUCUCUGAUUUUGGUCUUGCUAAGAUUGGUCCUAUAGAAGGCCAGGAACAUGUGUCAACCAGGGUGAUGGGAACCUUUGGCUACUGUGCACCAGAAUAUGCUGCUACAGGUCAGCUAAGCGUGAAGUCAGAUAUUUAUAGUUUUGGGGUUGUGUUUUUGGAAAUAAUCUCGGGUAGGAGAGUAUUUGACACUAGAAGAGCUACAGAAGAGCAAAAUUUGAUCGACUGGGCACAACCUUUGUUUAACGAUAGAACCAAGUUCACUCUAAUGGCUGAUCCUUUGCUUAAAGGUAAGUUCCCUGUAAAGGGUCUCUUUAAAGCCCUUGCAGUGGCAGCAAUGUGUCUCCAAGAGGAAGCUGAGACACGACCUUACAUGGAUGAUGUUGUGACAGCUGUUACACACCUAGCAGUGCACACAAUUGAAGAAAAAGACAUAGCUGGUGAAUCUUUAAAAAGCGCCGGACAUGUUGAAUCUUUUAGAGUUGCAAGUUUAGCUGAAUCUGAAAGGACUUAGCUUCAUUGAUCAGACACAGACUAGGAUUACAGAAAAAAUUGGAAAGCGCCCAAUAAAUUGUUUCACAAAGAUGGAAUUGAUUAACCGGCCGACCCAAGGGUAAGGCUACUAAAGCUUUAAGUUUUAGGCCUUUUAACAAAAAUAUAUUUGUUAUUAGUUUUUAUAAUGUAAAAAGGUCUUAUAUAUUAAAAAAAAAAAAAAAAAGGCCUCAUAUGUUAGAGAGAAAAAAAUCUAACAUAUGCCUUUUUCAUUUUAAAAAAUAAAUUAUCUCUCAUUAUUUGCUUUAGACGCCACGUAUCAUUGGGUUGGCCUCUGAGUGUAAUUCACUAAUUCUGUUUGUAAUUUAUUCAUCCUAAAGUUAAAUUUUAGGAUGCAAUUUUUUCCCUGUGGGACUGAAAUGAAAUCUCUUUAAUUCA